CAGUCGGAACAAGAACAGCCAAAGAAGAAGAGGACUUUUCGUAAGUUCACCUAUCGUGGUGUGGACCUCGACCAGCUCCUUGAUUUAUCCCACGAUCAGCUUAUGGAGCUGGUUCACUGUCGUGCCAGGCGAAGGUUCGCAAGGGGACUUAAAAGAAAACCUGUCCAUCUAAUGCGACGACUGAGAAAAGCCAAGAAAGAAGCUGCCCCAAUGGAGAAACCAGAUGUUGUGAAGACACACUUGAGAAACAUGAUCAUUCUUCCAGAAAUGAUCGGCAGUAUGGUUGGUGUGUACAACGGCAAAACUUUCAACCAAGUAGAAAUUAAGGUAGGGGUAACAUUUGUUUUUUUUCUUUUUACCCAGUAGCUAUUGAAUUACGAAUCGUAAUAGCAAAUACAAGUCGGUGUACCGGUCCCGUGAUACGGGAUUCUGAUUGCUGCCUACAGAGGGCUGCUUGGGCUAUUGCAUUUAAUAUGCGUAUCCUCCGGUUGAGGACUUAGCUUUUCUUCUUACCCCUGAAGAUUGGCUAAAACUGCAUUCACCCCUGAAGGCCUCCAUAAAAUAUGGGUUUAUGCUGAAGAAUUUCGUGAGAAUUAAAGCUUCACCCCUAAAGAAUUCCAAAUUUUUUUACUCUACCCCUAAAGAAAUCCUCAAUUUUUAUAACUUAUCCCUGGAGAACUCCAUGGUUCCUCAACCAGGGGGUGCGGAUAUUACAUGUAAUAGCCACCCAAUUCCUGUAGUGCAGGACACGAUUCUCGUAGUGCACAAUAGUCCUAAAACUGUAAGUAUAUUUGUAUCAUUGCCAAAAUUCUUGAGUGAUUUCAAGAAUCGUUGAUAAAGUUUUACCGUGACUAGCAUGCACACAAAUUUUUACCUCUGCGACCUAUAGACUGUAGCAUAUUAAAAUUUUCUUUGUGAAGGAUCGGUAUUUCCAUAUUAAGAUAAAACAUGCUUUCACUAAAGUCGCUUUAUCCACUACACCACAUUGAAAACUACCUGUUUUAAAAAAACUUUGAGGUGAUAGCUUUGCUUAUAACUGCCAGCAGGUUUUGUUAAAAGUUUUAAGCUGAACUGAUUGUAGACGGAUUGGCAAUGCUUCCAAAAGCGCUGUCAUACUUUUUGGCUUCUUUUGGACAAACGGAUGUGCCAGGGAAAUCUACUGGAAAAAAUCUAUGUUGGAUAUAAAAACCUGUCAGUUCAUGGCGCUGCUUUAAAGUUUAAGCCAGUGAGUUUAUCGAAGUGCCAAAAAGAGUAUGUAUGCAAAUAUAGUACCUGAGAAGGCUUUAAAUUAGACAUGUUUUGACACUGUGCAAAUUUAUGAUCUGUUGUCACACAAAAAAGUUUUGUUCUGCAAAUGUUCUGUUGUCUCAUUUGGUCCUUGUAAUUUGUUAAAUUCAAGACAACUUUGAAAUUUUUGGCAUAAAUUAUUGACGGCACGUCCAGCAAGAAACCAACUAAAAGAAGAUGAAGACUGAUGAAAACGGGGUUAGAUUUGGCGUUAGGUUUCUUUCAAGAAGCUUUUGUUUUAGCUUGUCAUCAGCACACUGUUUAGUUUUCGGCUUUGUUUGCAAUUGACAUUUGACACUGCACCUGAUCAUACGUUCCGUUUGCCAAGAUGUCAAAACCGCCUUGAUUUUUUCAGGGCUUCUGGUAUUUCGCAGAAAAAAAAAACAAAAUGUUGCGGGAUUUUCAGGGGCAAAUUCGCGGAAAAAUCAGCCGAUUUUACAGGAAAUGUCAGAGGCAGGGCUUCUGAUAUUUCGCGGAAAAAAAAGCAAAAUUUCGCGGGAUUUUCAGGGGCAAAUUCGUGGAAAAAUCGGCCGAUUUCGCGGGGAGAAAAGUCAAAAUUCGCAGAAAAAUCGGUCGAUUUUGCGGGAUUUUAGCGGAAAAAAGGUCAAUUUUCGAAGGAUUUUCAGGGGCAAAUUCUUAGAAAAAUCGGCCGAUAAGUAUUAAAUAUGUUUUGCCAACAUGUAUUUGGAAAUAUUUCUGGCGGAUUUCGCAGUAUUUUGCGUUUUUGGGGGAAUUUCGCGGGAUUUGGUGGAAAUACCUGAAUUUUGCGGGUCUGUGACCGCGUGAAAUAUCAGAAGCCCUGUUUUUUGAAUGAGCAAACCAACGUGAGAAGAACCAAAUAUACUGCAAAUCGCUAGGGAUGAGUUUCCCCAAAAAAAUUUGUCAGCUCUUUUGAUAUGUGUGGUUAUUGUUCACGCAUAGCGGCAACUCUCGCGGACGAGAUCUCAACAUUGGUAAAAAUUCAACUUGGUUUAGGAUCACCAAAUAAUGUUAGCUUAAUAAAUUUGUUCUGUAUAGCUUUUUUAUACAGUCAUUACUUGAUUUAUGAAAGAAAGUUGUCUUGAAUUUAACAAAUUACAGCGGCCAAACAACUGCAUUUGUUAUCAUUUACGCGUAGCAACAACUUUCACCGACACGAUAUCAACAACAUUGGUAAAAAUACAACUUGGCGUUCGAUCACGAAAUAUUGUUGGCUUAAUUUGCUCUUUGUAGCUUUUUUAUACAGAACACUUGAUUUAUGAAAGAAAGCUGUCUUGAAUUUAACAAAUUACAGCAGCCAAAUAAGACAACAGUAUAUUUGCUGAACAGCAUUUUUUUGCCUGACAGUCACACAUGACAAAUUUGCAUAGUAUCAAAGCAUGUGAAAUUUGAAACCUACUUCUCAGGUCCUAUAUUUGCAUGCUAUGAAAAGAUAUAUUUUUCGGCACUUCUAUAAACCAGAUAAACUCACCGGCCUAAACUUUAAAGCAGCUCCAUGAAAUGACAGGUUUUUAAAUCCAACGUAGACUUUUUCCAGUACAGUUUGCUGGCACAUCCGUUUGUCCAAAAGAAGCCAAAAGGUAUGACAGCGCUUUCAGAAGCGUUGCCGAUUGGUCUACGAUUCAUUUCAGCUUGAAGUGUUUAACAAAACCUGCAGGCAGUUACAAAUAAAGCUAUCAUCUCAAAGUUUUUUAAAAACAGGUAGUUUUCAAUUUGGUGCAAUGGAUAUAAAGCAACUUUAUUGAAAGCAUUUUUUGCAUAAAUACGGAAAUAGCAAUCCUUCAUAAAGUGAAUUUUAAUACGCAACAGUCUAAAGGUCGCAGAGGUGAAAAUGUGUUUGCGUGUUAGUCACGGUAAAGCUUUAACAUCAAUUCUUGAAAUCACUCGAGAAUUUUGGCCAUGAGGCAAAUGUACUUAAAGUUUUUAGGCCAUCGCGAGCUACAAGAAUUGCGUCCUGUGCUACACGAAUCGCGUAGCGCACAAUGCGAUUCGUGUCUCACGAGAGAGUGGUAACUUACUUUUGAGUGGUACUGUAAGUUAUGCCAAAAAUUGCCACUUCAACAUUUAUUGCACGACAAGAAUGCGUAGCACACGACUGAUUCUCGUCGCAAAGGAAACGAGACACGACUGGUAAGUUUAACUUACUUUUGAGUGGUACUGUAAAACGGAGACUCAUGGAAAACUGUUUGAUUGGCAUUUGAAUGGAUAAAUAAGUUAUUCAAAUGGAGGUAAUCCAUUUGAACAGAUGAAUAAAAUAGCCAAAUGGACUAGCAAUCCCUUUGAAGGGAUUGGCUUAACUGCCUGCAAAAAUCAUUCCGUGGAGGAUGAUAAUAUUUUGUCUUUGAGAAAUGCUUUAACAGAAAGAAAAGACUAUUUCAAUUUCUGUCUUAUCAAAAUAAAAUGCUAUUGAUGCUGAAUUAAACAGUUAAGAAAUUUGCAGGGUUCUCAGUAAGUGCCGGCAACCGGCUACUUUGAGGUAUGAGCUGUCUACAGUGAGGGUGUGAAAGCCUCAAAUUGCCUACAACACUUGAUUGCCAAUCCGCCUUUUACAUCCUAGCUGUCUACUUUAAAACUUAAUGAGAACCCUGGAUUUGAAAUACCAAUUUGCCUUGAAUUUUCUUGUUUACUAAGAAACACUAAUGUCAUGUGGACGAUGAAAAAUGACUCUGCUCAGCAAAAGUUUGCACCUCAACUUCUCAAUUUGGUUUUCUUGUCGUGAAACAUUUUUCAGUAAGUGAAUGAUAAAUCUCUGAUUCUUUUUCAACAACGCAGAAACUCGGGUGUUUUGUUUGUAACCUGAUACCACCCUAAUAAAGAAACUUGCUUAUGUGCAGCAGCUUUGCAUUGCUUGACAUUCCCCUUCAAAGAAAACUGCCCUGCUAUAAAUUCAUGUGAAAAUAAAUAUUUAAACUAUUAGUUUCACAGCCAAUAUUGUAAUAAAUAUGGACUAGAAAUAUGCAUCUCGGAUGACGGAUUGGAAAAAGGCAAGUUUGCUUGCAACUUUAACUUGGGUUGGCCAAUCCGGUAAACAUAUGAUCCUGUCACCUAAGCACACUCAUCUGCAAUUUGAUAUGCUCUAACUGAUAUUCUUUUCCCUCCGUUUUCGCUCUUAUUAUCAAACUACUGUUCCAAAUUGAAAAUGUGUGACCUUCUUUGGGAAAACGUAGACUAAGAAUAAUCUGUUAGCCAUUAGAAAGCUAAACUGGUAGCUAAUGGCUUUUCUAACGUUCUAACGGUUUGCCCAAAUGCUCUAACAGUUUGUCAUAACUCUCUAAUGGUUUGUCAUAGCGCUCUAACAAUUUGUCCAAAGACUCUAACAAUUUGAGAGUCAAGGGUCUGAAUCGAAUUUUCUAGCACUUUUUGGUAACAUUUUCUUUCACAAUGCUAUCAAGAUCAUUAAUCUAUUAGUCUUGGUGGCAAGAGCAUGAUGGCACAUUCUUUUCCGGUAAUAAUCGCCAUCAGCAGGCAAAGCAUACACAUUCAUUCCCUCAUAAGCAACAAUUUUUUUAUUUUUUGGAAAUAGAUAAUGCCAGUUUUUGUUCAUGGACCAUUGUUUUAAGAGUUAUUCUUCUUAAAAAUAUGGCCAGCCAGAAACGAUACAUGGCUGAGCUAAAAAUAAUGAAUUUGGCCAGUCAUCUUGUCUGAGGACUCUCCAGAAAUUAUUUUGAGCCCUGGAAAUGCAAGAAUGAGCUUCUGGAAGAAUAAUUUAUUUCCUCCAUUUGUUUUUUUUUUUUUGCCCCUUUUUCGAUAUGAUCAUUUCAAAACAUUUAGUUUGGCAUUUCCUUGUGAGUAUUCUGGUGCAAAUGUUUCCGUUUUUCAGAGGACUUAUGUCAAGAUGCUUUACAACAUUUUAAUUUUGCUGUGAUAAUUAAUUGAACAUCUUCUUUAGUAUUGCUCCGCUUAAGGUUUCCAAUCAAUUAUUGAUGAUAAUCAAAGACUUGCACACCACUACCAGGCUUUGUUUAGCAAUCUUGUAGUGCCUAUUGGAGAAACAUAUUUACUUUUGUUUGAUUCUGGACUCUUGUUUCCUUAUUAAUUAUACAUAAAACUCCAUGUUCAAAUUUAAGUGUCAAUUUUAUGGCCUAAAUGAUGAACUACAAUGGUUUGUCCAUCUUGAUUUUGAAGGGUGCAAGGCACUUAGCAGUUACAAAAGAGCCGAGCCAAGCAGAACAAUCAAGUCAGGAACAAAAAAACUAUUUGUUGAAUGUUUUUCAGGAUCCAGGCAGGAUAUUCUGUAGUUACUGCAAACUUGAGAAACUAUUAGCCGCAAUAAAAAGCUUUUAUGUUUCAAAAGAGGCCAAAGAAUUCCCUAAAAUACUUCUGAGACAAAAAGCACAGGAAACACAUCAGCCUUAUGACUUUUCAAUCAGCAAAGAUAACAUUUGUUCAGUCAAAAACAAGUAUCCUCUACAGCAUACUCCACCCGUAUUUCUAAGGUUCAAGUUUUACUGAUCAAGCACUCUUUUGUUGUUGAGCUCGGAUGGGUCAGGGAGUUUACACUGCAUGACAAAGGGCACUGUUGUUUGAUCUGCUUUUGUUAUUUAGCCAAUUUCCUGUCGUAAAAAGAGAUUAGUUUCUUUUUAAAUGAAGGGUAGCAGAAGACGUGUCUUAAAUUUUCAGAUCUAUUUCCUUUAAAAAAUGUCUUUCGAGGAUUUCUUUCAAGCGGAAAUCUUAUCUUGGAGUGCAGCCUGUUUGUAGCUUGCUAAAUUUGAUUCAUUUCCACAUGAAUGCACUAACUUUCCCUUGGGAGAUAGUAGAGAUAUUAAUUAUCAUUUGCUUGUCAUUUUAUCGCUUCUCAGCCAGUUAGAAACUCCUUUAAGCCUGGCUGCGGACUAUUCAAAUUAUCCAAGAAUUGUGGGAGGCAGGACAAAUUUACUUGUAUACCCACCUUUCUCCUGCCUCCAAUGCCAAAACAAUGCCCCACUCCAAACUCCAAAACUAAUCCUGCCAGCUAUGCAGGCUAUACAGGCUCCAGCACCUUUUUGUCUCAUGCUCACCGAUUUUUUUUUUCGCCCAGCUCCACUUGGGUGCCUGUUCACAGGCUAAAUCCAGGGAACUUCCAAUUUAAAGAAACUUUGUAGCAUGUCAAUACGGUAAUUGGACCUUUAAAAUUAUGAUUUUUGACACUUGAAUGUUUUGGCUUCAAUAACAUUUGCAUGUACCUGUGUAUUUCUCAUUGCUCCCUUGCCAACAUAAGUCAGCAAUCUGAGCAAUCAGGUCAUGAUACUAGAAUCUGGUAUCAUGAAUGGGCAUCAUCAAAACAAAAUCUACAGCACCACCACCUAUUUUUCCUUGCACUCACUGAUUUUUUUUUUUUUUUUUUUGCCUUUCUUCAUGUGGAAGCCAUUUUUGCAUGCUAAAUCUAGGGAACUUCCAAAGUGACUGGCCUAAAAAUAAUAACAAAAUUGUGACCAUCUCCAGGAUUUCUUACACCCAUAGCCUGCAUGGCAGGUGUUGAAGGGAGUAGAGAAGGGAAGAAAAAGAGAGGGGAAUUGGGGAGAGAGGAAAAGGGACUUCCCCACCCUUUUCCCACUGCUUUUUUUUUUCUACCCCUCCCAGUCCCCAUUUUCCACCUGCCAUGCAGGUUACACACCAAAGCUUUUCUAUGUAUUAAACAGGUAAAAACUAACGCUAGUGAACAAUUUUUGAAAGCAUUUUAAUGGUUUCAUAAAGGCCUUGAAUGGAUGAGUGAAAAUUUCUAACAGCUUUGGAAAGUAUUUGAACAGAUUGCCUUGUUUUUUUUUUAACAAGGUUUGCUUAACGGGUUGACUAGAUGACAUUAAUGACAUACACGAUUGGAGUUUGAUUGUUUGAUUUGGUGUUCAAAUCACAGCGAUUUUGUAUUUCAUUCAUUCAGUAGAUUUAAGGUUCACCAAAACGGAUACGGUAUUAUUACUGGGCUGCCCGGCAAGCCCAGUCAUAAAUUCGGUUUUCGGUCGUCUGUGGCGAAAAACGGCCUCCCGGGGGAGGGAAGAUACGAGGGUCUGGUACCGAGAAACGAUGUUUUCACAAAUGGUUCCAUAUGAUUUUUCCUUGCACGGAGCCUUGCACGGAUACUUUUUGUACCUCGUCUCCGCUCUCUCUGAAAAACCCACAAGGCGUUGCGAACCUGAAGAAGGCUAUUUGCGUUGUUUGAAGCGAUUCGAUCAUAGGAGUCACUCUAUAAUUUUUUUAUUGUUCGAGGUUAAGUCAGUUAGAUGAUGUUGGCGCUGGGAGACUCAGAGAAAUGCUCACGUUGCAUACAAACCGACACGCCAUUCACGGUAGGUUCACACCAAAAGAUGACUGUGAGCGUCAGGUUUGGAACGCCGGGGCUGCUUCGUGAACUCAAAGAGAGAAUUAUCGAUCGAUUUAGUACAUGAACAAUUAAGAAGCACAAUUUAUGAACAAAGUAUUUCACCAGUUGAUGACACUAUGGCUGAAGACUUGAUUGUAAGCUGUCGUAGUCAGUGAAGCGAACAACUCAGUUGCCGAUGAAUGUCAGAUGAAUCCUGAUGUUACGCACGUCCAUGAGCGGGGGAUGUGACAACUUUGCCAUGUUAGAAGACUGGCUUUUCCUUUAAAUAUUUCCUUCUAUUUAAUUUGGAGGUCUAAAUUUCGGAUACUGAGGAUAAAGAAGACACGGACAAAAAUAGGAACUCUCAGAAUUUCGCACACAAGUUCAAGGCUCGACUUGAGGAAAAUAGGAGCUAUUACUGACAAGGUUUGUUGACUGAGUAGAGCAUACAAGUGUAGCCCACUUCGAGGUUUCAGGGGGUUUGCUUUUGUUUGUAUCUGUAUCUUGCUAAGCUUUUAUCAUUAAAUUUGUACAUGAUCUUGUGAUCACAAUUCUGUGUGUUCGCCCAUUCAGCAAACACGCUAUAUUGAUGUCAGCAUUAGCGAGUUCCAGAAACAUGCCUUUGAAAAUUUUCACCUCUCCUGAUGUUUCUUGAUAUUUCUUCUACCAUUUUAUGGAGAUGUAAACUGAAGUCACCGCUUAAUGGAAACUUAAAAAAGCGUAUAAUCCAUUUAUCUCGAAGCAUAAUACACAUGACUUAUAUGACCUUUAUUUUCCUAAAGGUGUUUUGAAUACGAACGAACACAGUCAAUGUCAGGGGCAGAAACAGCAUUAAUAUACUCAGUAAAUGAACUGUAGGGUUUUAACUAAUAUAAGGGUCAAUUAUUGUGCAUUGAGAUGUAUCGCUUGAACUGUGAAUAGUGAUUCCAUAUUGUUUAGCUGGCACAAAAACUUCGGAGGAGUUAUAAAGCGGCAUAGUUAUCGUCCAUGAAGAAAAGUUAGUCAUGGGUGAGACAAACAAUGAACUCGAGCGAAUUUUUAACUCGUAUCGGUAUCAGGUGAAAAAUAUAUUGUCGAUCGUUUCAUCUAUUUACAUUGUUUGAAGUGCAUGCUGAUGAAAGCAACAUGUGAGCGAGAAAUCUUUAAACUUUUUUAGGUCACAAAAUGCAAGGAUUUUAUUCCUUUAAGUUAGAGAAAAAUACCAAGAGGAAAAUCUUAAAACUGUUUUUUUUUUUUAUCUUGUGGAAAAAAUAGUGCGUUUUCAUGUAGACUGUAGACCGUAAAUUAGGAUUGUCUAUUUACUGCACUUUUCACAAACAUGCGAAUUCUGAAGUUCAGAAGCCAACCGACGAUUGCGUUUUUCACUGCUGUCAAUCAUCUUAUCUUAAUGGACCUCUUAGGAAACAAAACUUUACUUCACGGGUUCAAAAGGUCAUGGUUUGUGAUUUGUGGAUUUCGAUACGUUUUGUGUUUCUCUGUUUCAAGGUUCGUCGCUUGUGAUGGUAAUUAUGAUUGACGGCAGCGAAAAUUUAGAGUUCGCAUGUUUGUGAAAAGAGCAGCAAAGGCUCAGUGCAGUCAGAGGCCCCUGGAUCAGGCGGGAUCGAUGGGCAGUUAGCUGUCUGUUUUAGUAGACGGUACUUCUGGUUUUCAUACAAUACAAUAUUUCUGUCUAGUGUAAAUCAGCUCUGUCCGUCACACUUUAUGCUCGUAGAACGACAACAAUUUUUGGAAUUUCCGGUUACGUCAAAUUAGUCACGUUAUACUGUCAUGCUAUAUUUUGGGGCACAGAGGGAUUGGGGGAGGCAGGGGUGCGUGAAAAUAAUGCAAAUCGUUUCCUGGUUAGAAUUAAUGGCUAUUUUGUUUAUUUUUAUUCAUAAUGGUGGAAUUUAAAAGUUAUUAUACAGCCCCCACUUAAAAAUGGUACUCUUUUUUUUUGGUUGCGAAAGUCCUUCAAAAGGGUACAAUGCUCUCAAUGACUUUAUGUUUCAGUCUCACAUGAGAUUCUGUCGCAUGCAAUGGUCAGCGACAAGGUUUUGUAGUAUCCUGAGUGUGUAUAGCCGCCCCCUCUCCUCAGAAAAAAUAGCCCCUUUGCAGCCCAGUUAAAAAUCGCCUUUUGGCGAUUCUUGUUACUGUUAUUGUUAUAAGAAAUUAUUAUGGUUAUUGAGGAACAAAUUGCAACCAAAUCAGUAGAGUUGGUGUUUGAAAAUAAGAGUGUUGGUAUGCAAAUUUUUUGUUUCUACAAUAGAUUCAUAAUUUAUGAUAAGUACUGCCCUGUAUGUAUAUACUUGCAGCACAUUACUUACAAUUAUUAACCGCUAGUAUUUAAUAAUAUUAAAUAUAAGUAACUUUGAAUGUUGUUGUUUCAGCCGGAGAUGGUUGGGCACUAUCUUGGAGAGUUUUCCAUCACAUACAAGCCUGUGAAGCAUGGAAGACCUGGUAUUGGUGCUACACAUUCAUCUCGCUUCAUUCCUCUCAAGUAA